AUGACUGUUUGGACAGUGAUAGGUUGGUACGGCUUGACUCUUUACUCUUUACACACGGAUAAAGAACACGAUACGAAGAUCUGGGGGCAGGCGCUGAGCGAUGGGCGUCCUGGGGCUGCAGGUGACCUAGACACAGCUGAGAAUCUCUCUUCCAGAAACCCCGAUCUCCAUUGCCCGCCGGACUCCAGCUCAGCAGAGGGGGAAAUGUGGAGCCUCGCCCUUCUCUUGCUCUUCGGCGCAGCGAGGGCAAGGGGCAUAGCCAUCAGCCCUGACUUCAGCGCUGCUCUGUCGUCUCUGGCUGCCCACGCACACCCUGCCCACACGCACGUCUCGGUGUUGGAUCCAGAGGGCGUUUUCACCGUGUUCUGGACGCCCGGGAGCGAGGUACACAAAAAACACAAAGACCCAUACAGUACACCUUUCUGCAAAGCUGUGCCAAAGCAUCAGUUUCUGCAAGAGCAAAGAGAACCUCACACAGAAGAGGAAGCGAGAAGAGGCCUCGUUUCUCUCCGUCAGGAAGUCGUGUGGGAGAUCCACGCCCGCACCCUCGGCUGGAUCGGGUUCGGGUUCUCCGGCAAUGGGCGGAUGGCAGGGGCGGAUAUCGUGACAGGCUGGGUGGCAGAUGGGCGUCUCUUCCUGCAAGAUCGCCAUGGUGUGGGCGAGACGACACCCCCCCUGGACCAGAAAGGCGACUGGCGCGCUCUCCAUGCCCGUGAAAACGCCACCCACACUGUGCUGGUGGUGGCACGGGCCGUUAACACGUGCGACAGUCAGGACUUCGUUCUCACGAACGAGACUGUGCGGCUGAUCUAUGCCUGGGGAGACACCGAUCCAACCGGGGACACUCCGGGCUACCACGGAAUGCGCCGAGGAAACAGAUUCGCCCUCGCUCUUCUCCCGUUUCACCGACCGGUUCGAACCCCGGAAACCGAGUCCUCGAGUGUCCAGACAUGGCAAGUUAGACAGGAGGUCACGCUGCCCCCUGGACGCCAUACCUUCUACUGGUGCCACAUGGAGAAGGUGCCAGCGUGGGAGACCAAACAUCAGUACAUAGGGUUCGACAUGCUCUACGGUCGCCACGCAAGGGAGCACCUCCACCAUGCGGUCGCGUUCGAAUGCCUGACCCAAGAUGGCAGCGCCGGAGAGGAGGUGUUCGAGCAGUAUGUGGGGCAUGUUGGCCACGAAUGCUACACGCCCAACAUGCCGCCGGCCUUCUACAAGUGCGAGCGAUUCCUCAUCAACUGGGCGAUCGGAAGCGAGGGGGAGCUCUUGCCCGACCACGUGGGUUAUCCCCUUGGUGAGCGCCACGGGGGAGCCACGUACGUCCUCUUCCAAACUCAUUACGAUAACAAGCCCCUGCAUCGCGACCUGACUGUGGAGUGGGGCAUGGACAUAUAUUAUACUAAUAAGCUACGAAAAUACGACGCGGGCAACAUCGGUCUUGGACAUGCUCUUCUAUUUUCCCUAGUCGUCCCUCCGAGCUUACCGUACUGGAAGGUGGCUGGGCACUGCGACUCUGCCUGUACCCAGGCUGCCAUACCCGACGAUGGUGUGUCGGUGUUUAUGGUGUUUCUGCACAGCCAUUACUUAGCACGAGCCAUUCGCUUACGUCACUUCCGGGGCGAUCGAGAACUGAAACCCAUGGCUGUCGAUUCUCAUUUUGACGCCGAUUUCCAGCAGUCAAGGCGACUGUCAAGCGAGGUUCGGCUUUUGCCAGGCGAUCACCUCACUGUAGAAUGCGACUACGACAGCCGUGGCAGAAACAAGUCUACCUUCACGGGCUGGGCGGCGGAGGACGAGAUGUGUCAAGCCUUCAUCAACUAUUACCCGCGCGUCGACAUGGCCCUGUGCCGCUCCUCGCCCCAUCCGGACUCCUUGGCCGAGGCCUUCGCUCUGCCGCCUUUCCAGAAGAACCUCGACUUGAACACCUUCAUCUUCGACCCCAAAGUAGGAAGCGAAGGAGGAGGAGAAGGAGAAUCCUACCAGGAGAGACUGCAGAGGAUGCCCUGGAAGGACUUCGACUUCGGGAGCGCAAAUGUUAAGCUGCUCGAGGGCGAACAAGUCGUCAAGUGCCAGCUGAACUAUGGAGUCAAUAUGAAGAUAUCGACCAACACCACCGGAUACCCAGAAGCCACGCCCUUCGUCCCGCCCGAGGAUCCCGUUUGCUCACGACGGCGCCGCCCACAGCCCACCGGACACGCCCUCACCAACGACGCUGGAGAGGCGGCCGGAGGGAGGGCGAGGGCGCUGCUCGGCGUGGCUGCCGCUCUGCUCCUCGUCUGCGUUGGGGGGCCUCGAUAGGGCGUGGCUAUCGGCUCGUCUGUUUUUUCUUCUUCAUGAUUAUACAU